AUGGGCUGGUUCACAUCCUCGUCUUCCUCGUCGCGGCCAGGCUACGCGCGAUCCUACGCCGGCUCCUCCUACAGCUCCUCAUCUCGCCAUCGAUCGUCGACCUCGCGCUACAAGCGCUCCCCUCGAGACGGCUACCUUCAACACCUCUACCACAAAUUCCAACAUUUCCUUCGCCAACUGUGGCGAUACGCAAAGAAACAUCCCUACAAGAUUUUCUUCAUGGUCAUCAUGCCCUUGGUAUCCGGCGGCGUCCUACACAAGCUGGCCAGGCAAUUUGGCGUGAACCUGCCCGAACUAGGCGGCGGCCAGGGCGCGAGAGGUGCUCCCAGCCAGGGAGGUUACUACGGGAGCGAAGGUUACGGAGAUGCUGGAGGUGGAGGUUCCAACGCGGGAGCUGGGCUGAAGAAUCUGGCAGACGGUAUCGGGGGCCUGGCUAGUAUGGCGAAGAUGGCACAGGCUUUCCUAUGA